ACUUUUGUACUGAACCUGUUUAUUUGAGUCUUUUCGACAACUGAUGUUGCUCUUUCUAGUGACGUCACUUUGUAGCUUCUAUGUAGCCACAGCUCAGGAUAAAGACUGCAAGUCUCAACCUGUUACAGGACCUUGUGAAGCUUAUAUCCCCAGUUAUUACUACGAUCCAAAGACCCAUCAAUGUAAGACAUUUAUUUACGGUGGUUGUGCGGGGAAUGGAAAUCGAUACGAAUCACUAGCAGACUGCUUGGCUUCUUGUUUAGGAACGAGGUAGAGUUGAAGAUUUCGGGAAAAGCGGACGAUCAUGUCAGAAGCUGACAGUUUAUGUUAUCACAUGUCAGAUAUAUCUAAACAUGUUCGUGUUCAGUAGAUUGAUAACACAGCAUAAAGUCUUGUUUGUGGAUUAUUGAAGGUUUCUAAUACUGGAAAAUAAAAACUAAUUUGAAGUCUGAA